AUGUUUAAAUCAGCAGUAUUUAAUUUAAAAGAUGCAGGAAAAGAUCAAGUUCAAGAGUUUCUUAACUCUUUUGACACUGUUCUUUGUGACUGUGAUGGCGUUUUGUGGAUUGAUAAUAAUGCUAUUCCUGGAUCCGCUGAUACCAUGAAUUAUUUUCGUAAAAUUGGGAAGCAAAUAUUUUUUGUAACCAAUAACUCUACGAAGAUUCGAGGAGAUUUUGCAAUUAAAGCUCAACAAUUAGGUUUUAUAGCUAAUGAGGAUGAAAUACUAUCUACUUCAUAUUUAGUGGCACACUACCUUAAAAGUAUUGGCUUCAAAAAAAAAGUUUAUAUAAUUGGAUCCAAUGGGAUAGGCGAUGAGUUAAAAGCUGUAGGCAUUAGACAUAUUGGAAUUGGACCAGAUCAUGUGAAACCAGAUUUUAAAUCAAUGAAAUCAACAGACUUAGAUCCUGAAGUAGGUGCAGUGGUUGUAGGUUUUGACGAACAUAUCAGUUAUCCAAAGUUUAUGAAGGCUGCUUCUUACUUAGCAUCUGAUGAAUGCUUGUUUUUAGCAACAAAUACUGAUGAGCGUUUUCCCAAAUCUAGUUCAAUUAUUGUACCUGGUACAGGAACAUUAGUGAGGGCUGUUGAAACUUGUUCAGAGAGAAAAGCUUUAGUGCUUGGAAAACCAAAUGAAUAUGUUAGGAAAUUUCUUGAGUCAAGAGGCUUAGACCCAGCAAGGACUUUAAUGAUUGGCGACAGGUGUAAUACUGACAUUGAGUUUGGUGUGCGUUGCGGUUUUCAAACACUCCUUGUGCUGACAGGUGUGACUUCCACUAAAGGUGUUGAGAAGAUACGUAAUGAAAAAAUUGCCCCACUACCUGAUGUUAUAUUACCAAAGUUGGGAGAUUUAUUGACAUUAGUGGAGUCAUAG